UUUCUUGGAGUUGGGAACAGCUUCAUGCUGUAAAAUAGGACAAGUUGACGCAUUUGCGGGGAGAGAAAGAAGACAGCAGAACCUACAACACUAUUCCAGGACCGUAUUUAUUAUUUACAGGCUACAGAGGAGUAAAUCAAACAUCAAGAUAAUUAUCUAGUUAGUAGCCUAGUUACCAAAGAGCGUUUAUUUGAUCCGUUUCUGUAAAAUAGUAUUAUUUCAAGACACAAAGACGACACAUGUGGAACUGAAAACCACAUGUUUCCUGAAAUCCCUGUGGUGUGAAAAUUACCCACUUGAUAAAUUACAAGGAGAGUCAAUUUAUCAAAGGCGAAAAUAUCAGCAUCCGUUUAGGGAACAUAUUUUUGUCACCGGUGAAAUAAAUAAAGGCUUCGGCAAUGUCGGAGGUUGAUCUCGCUGCUGAGUGUUUAGUCUCCAUCGCUAACCGCCGGCCACCGGAGGACCGCUGUCCCGAUGCCAAACCGAAAGAAGACAUGUCGAAAGAGAACCAAGAAAACAGGACUUUGUUAAUGGUGGCGAUGAUUUUGCUCGACCUGAACAAAUGUAACCAGAUAACACGCAGUGAGACAUGUGGUGGGGGUAGUAGAUGUCUGGGCCAAAGUGAUGCCAACAGCAUGGUUAACGGAUCCCUGUGUGGUCACAGGGUGAGCGGGGACACUGCAAGGGCGCAACAUACCUCGACAGAAAAGCAGUCACGGAACAAGAAGGCUGUGAUUGUGCAUGUGUCCUCAGAGAAGAGACAUUGUUGCCCGUUCAGCGGCUGUGGGAAGAUGUAUGGCAAGUCUUCCCACCUUAAAGCCCACCUUAGAGUGCACACUGGUGAGAGGCCAUUCCAGUGUACCUGGCCAGACUGCACUAAGAGGUUUUCGCGUUCAGACGAGUUGACACGCCACUACCGAACACAUACGGGGGAGAAGCGCUUCACCUGCCCGCUAUGUGACAAGUGUUUCAUGAGGAGUGAUCAUCUGACCAAACACGCCCGCCGCCACGCAGGCUUUCACCCCAGCAUGCUUCAGGGCCCCACAGUCAGAAGAAGCCGCUCCUCCGCCUCCUUCUCCUCCUGCGACUCUGGAGACCAGAGCCCUACUGAGGUGUGAGACACACACGCACAACCAAAAUACACUACAGGGAGGUGGAAGUAGGCUAGUUACUUUAUUUACCCAAUAACAAACACACACUUUUUUGUGCAAAAUGUUAUAUCUACUGUGGGCCCAGUGCCCUAUUGAACAUGACCCUGUUUGUUUUCUGUUUGGUAAUAACUGGUCUCUAGUGACCCCUAGUGGUGUGAGCAAUAUUAUCACUGGAAUGAGAAAAGCGGUUUUAAUCGUAGAGCCAUUCACCUUUUUUGCAUAAUAUUUAAUUUCCUCUUUCUACAAGGAAUACUGUACAUUAAGUACAUCAAGUAGCAAUGUAAUAAUAUGUGAAGUAUGUCAUUUUUUUAUUUGGACAUUUAUUUUGUUUUUACACAACCAGACAAUGAGAUGCCUUGUGUAUUAAAGUGCUCCAUAAUGUAAUAGUAUAAAUCACCUUGGUAGUUGUGUGUGUGUGUGCUAGUAGCUGAUAAUGAAUUGCCUAAAUUAUGGUUAUGUUAUAACACAAAGCUGUGCAGUGAAAUUUGUGUACCAAGUCACAUACGGGUUACUCGUACAACUGAGAUAGUUUGUUGGCAUUUUGACACCUAUCCAAAUAGAAUGUAAAAUUGUGUGUUGCAGCUUAGAUCACUAUUACAACAUUUGCAGUAUUGCUCUUCUUUUUUUCUCAACUUUGUACAUUAUUUUUAUAUUUGUAUAGGGGAUUGUGUAAUACUUUGUGCCUUUCAGAUUGAAUUCAUGCUCAGCAUUCUUGGAUGUUUUGAAGUUGUUCUAGUUUUCUGAAUGUCUGAAGCUCCAUCUGCCAACAUGUGGAUAACUAAUUUAUGAUAGUAUUGCUCACUGUAAAUACCUGUGUAGUUAAUUGUCAGAUAUUUUUAACAUUAAAAUAAUUCUUUGUACAUCAGUA